AUGAGUACUGAUCCUCGCACAACUGAUCUUGGUUAUCCCGGUGCUGCCUGGACGUAUACCUUACUUUCUGAGCCAGAUCUCUCCUACGAGCUCGCUCGUUUGGCUUCUACCAACACGCACGGCUCGACGGAUUCGGUUUCCUUCCAGCCAUCCCCCAACCCAGAGUGCUACAGUCAGGAUCGGUAUGUGGUACAGGAUUGGAAUCUCUCCACUGGCAUCUGGUACUUCCAUGCUGUCUUUGAUGGGCAUGCUGGAGAAGAAACUGCCGACUAUGCCGUCCAAAUGCUGCCCUCUAUCGUGAAGCAACACAUCCAAGGUUUCCUGGAUAAUCACAUAGAUUACAGUCCAACGUCUAUCUCGGAUGUGCUCGUCAACGCUAUCUCAUCACUAGACAAUGCUAUUGCCCAUGACCUCCUCGAGAUAUUUCCGGACCCUCAAGCCUUGGGCAGACUCUCUGAUGCCGCCAUUAGGGACAUUAUCAAUGACUCGGAUCGAGGCAGCCAGAACAUUGCCAAGGUGCUGCAUUGCAUGAGGGGAACUACUGUCCUAGUCUCCCUUGUAGACCCCGCCAAGACGCACCUUUGGGUGGCAAGCUUGGGGGACUGCCAAGCAGUUUACGGCAGGCAAGACGAGUCUGGGGGCUGGGAUGCUAUUCUCUUAAGCUCUAAUCACAAUGCUGCUGAAAGCAGCGAAGUGGAGAGAAUCAGGCAAGAGCACCCAGACGAACCCGAAUGCAUACUGAGGCAUAGGGUUCUCGGAGCCAUUGCUGUCACGCGGGCUCUGGGUGACCAUGAGUUCAAACUACCCCGAGUAUAUACUGAACGUGUGUUCUUGAACGCAGCUCCUGGCUUCCGUACUCAGCAGUCGGUCGGGGAAUUCAUAAAAAGGAGUUUCACGCCGCCAUAUGUAUCCAACAUUGCCGACGUCAGACACCUUACGCUAGACCCAAACAGCAAAGCGAGGGCCUGUCUCGUGAUGUGCACAGAUGGAUUGAUGGAUCUUUCUGAGGGUGACAGCCGAGACGGUGGUACCCUCGAUAUUUCGGCACUUGGAAAAUGGUGGCUGGAGAUAAUUGGACCUGUAGUCUGGACUAAGGGCACGAACGCAGCCUUGUAUCUCUUGCGAGCCGCCCUUGGGGGCGCAGAUGAGGAUAAAGUAUCUCAGAUGAUGACCGUAGAACGCACGGACCGGUGGAUGGAUGACACGACCAUCCUGAUUCAGCGCCUGUGA